AUGGUCGUUGAUCAGCCGCAGCAUCGACGCCGAGCUUCUGGUUUCAGAAGAGUCCGUGAUACGCGCGAUCUUAGACCUUACGUAAAUGCUCAGCCUUCGGGCAGGCGAAUGGAUGCCAACGGGGUAUUUUUAUCGCCACUGAGACAAUUGACAACCAACAUCCUCGAGACGUAUCACAUCUGUAACCCGCAGUUCAGAUACGAAUCGGCGCACAAUCCGCGGAGGGUGCUUACCAAGCCGAGUAAGCCCGCCCACAACGAAGGUUACGACAACGAGGAUUAUGAUUAUAUUCUCUACGUCAAUGAUUGGCUGGGAAACGAGGAUGGUCACAAUCGAUAUCUCAUUCUGGAUAUUCUCGGUCAAGGAACCUUUGGUCAGGUGGUGAAAUGUCAGAAUAUGAAGACCCACGAGAUCGUGGCAGUCAAAGUGGUAAAAAAUAAGCCUGCGUACUUCAACCAAAGUAUGAUGGAAGUCACAAUACUGGAACUGCUCAACAAUUCAUGUGAUCCUCAUGAUGAGCAUCAUAUAUUGCGACUUCGUGACUCGUUCAUUCAUCGAAAUCAUUUAUGCCUUGUAUUUGAGCUGCUCUCAUCUAACCUCUAUGAGCUGAUCAAGCAAAACCAAUUCCAAGGAUUGAGCACGCAACUCGUGAAAGUGUUUACUGCUCAGCUGUUAGAUGCUAUGACUGUGCUCAAGGAUGCACGCUUGAUUCACUGCGAUCUGAAACCAGAAAACAUCCUACUCAAAUCGCUUCAAUCACCCCAAAUCAAGGUUAUUGAUUUUGGAUCAGCGUGUCAUGAACGACAGACGGUGUACACAUAUAUCCAGUCACGGUUUUAUCGGUCGCCAGAAGUCAUCCUCGGAAUUCCUUACACAUCUUCGAUUGACAUGUGGUCGUUGGGUUGCAUUGCUGUAGAGCUCUUCUUAGGGCUACCGCUCUUCCCCGGGACGAGCGAGUAUAAUCAGAUAACUCGGAUCGUCGAAAUGCUUGGGAUGCCUCCAACAUAUAUGCUGGACAUAGGAAAGCAGACAAAGCAGUUUUUCGACUCCUACGUAGAUGUGUAUGGCCAGAAGAAGUACCGCCUCAAAACCUUGGAGCAGUACUCCCGUGAGCACAACACCAAGGAACAGCCAGGGAAGCAUUACUUCAAGGCGAAUACGCUUCCGGAAAUUGUCAACACUGCACCGAUGCCGACGUUCAAGUCAUCGUCUCGGCAGGGGCACGAAGUGGAAAAAGAAUUAAACAAUCGAGCGUCAUUCAUCGACUUCUGCCAGGGUCUACUCAAUCUCAACCCUAUAGAACGAUGGUCACCCCAGCAGGCUAGGAUGCACCCUUUUAUCACCGGUGAAAAGUUCACUAAGCCUUUCCAACCUAAUGGACACACCACUGCCCAGAUUACACAGUUGCCAUCCACGUCAGGCAAUGCAGACCCGAAGCGGCCAUACGGUGGUCUUGUUCCCCAGCAGCCCAAAGGCACCAGAGCAUUCCAGGAUGCAGCGUCAUACAACCAGCAGCUUGCUCAACACCAAGCUUACACUGCGCAGGCGCAAGCCGCAUCUCAGGCGGCUAACAAUGUAUUCCGUAACCCGUACAUAACGCAGACACAGCAGCAGCAGCCACCUGCUUCUCAGACACAGCAGCCACCUCCUCCGCCAUUGUCCUACCAGCCACCACAGGAUGCAUCUGCGCCGUCGUCAUUUCCAGCUCAACAGCAGCAGCAGCACACCUUCUCGUCAUCGCAGCCUGCACAGCUCAGUGCCCUCAACCCUGCUGGCGCUAGCUACUCGCAAGGGACAGGAAUCAGCGUAACGGGGAUGCUCAACCCCAACCCACCCGCUACCUCACACUACCCCCCACCCCAUGCUCGCGCACGGGCCAAUACUAUCAACCACAACGACAUGAUUCCUCCUGCGCUGGCGCGGCUGCAGCAUAUGAACCAAGAUGCGAUAGCCGGACGGAACGCACUGACCCCUGUGCUUAACCGGGAUGAUGCCAUGCGCGAAUGGGAAAGGCGGCAGGCGGGCAAGCCGAGCGCAGCGCAGCCGUACCCUCAGCUCGAAUAUCUGCAACAACAGGCUGAGCUUGCUGCUGCAAACGGCAUGUCUGGGUGGGGUGCAUCCACCCGUUACCCCCCGCCGCCUUCUAAGUUAUCGCACUCCUACCAACCCACAAUUAUAGUGGACGAUGAUCGAAGGGAGACUGUCAUGUCGAAUGUCCGGACUGCUGCACGCAGCGAUACGGUUGCGAGCGGGUACAAUCCCAACGCUAUGGUGACUAGUCCGACGCAAGCAUAUGCAGGGAACCCUGCUGGUACCGGCGCGCGGUACCCCACAGCAUUCCCUUCACAACAGCAGGCGCCGAAUCCACCUUUCGACCCGCUGACUCAGCGGACAGAUAUCGGGGCGCUUUACGUUCCGAUGCAGCCUGAGCAAUAUCAGUCCUAUGGUGGAGGUAGUGCGGCUCAGGGACCUAGUUUGUCAUCCUCAAGGCAAGCUACUCAGACGUCACAACCGGGUCCACAAUCCUUUUAUGGGCCAAGUGUGGCUUCGGCCGUACAAGCUCCGCCGCAGGCAGCUCAACGAAACCCGUUCAAUGCGAGUGACACGCCGCAACAGCCAAAGGAGGCGAGAAGACUGAGCGGGAUGGAUAUUUGGUCGCGAUGA